AUCGCCACUUGAACAUUCCAUGUUCGGUAGAGAAGAAAGUGGAAGAGCAAGGUCUCGCACCGCAGGUCGAAGCAGCUGUUUGGUUCUUGCGUGUUUAGUACCGCCUACCAACACGCCCUUGUCCUUAUAAUAAAUAUCGACUACCAGAGCUCACAGGGGCCAGCUUCGUGCCUGUCUACAUCUGCUGUCGCCAGUUCUCUGUGCCGAGGUGCCCAGCCCAUCUCUUCUACUCCAAGAAGACCAUGGACACAGACAUUGAACAGCACGACGAAUCAUUUAGCAACAAUGAAUCUAACGGUAAGCGCCCUGCUGAGGAGGCAGAUGAGCAGAAAUCCUUCAAGCGCUCCAGGAACUCGGAGGAGAUGGUUGAGCUUCGCAUCCUCCUGCAGAGCAAAAAUGCAGGAGCAGUAAUUGGAAAGGGUGGCAAAAACAUCAAAGCCCUGCGUACAGACUACAAUGCCAGUGUGUCAGUCCCAGACAGCAGUGGGCCUGAGCGCAUCCUGAGCAUCAGUGCCGACAUCGAGACAGUUGGAGAAAUCCUGCUGAAGAUUAUCCCAACACUGGAAGAGUACCAGCAGUACAAUGGUAUGGAUUUUGACUGUGAGUUGCGCCUGCUAAUCCACCAGAGCCUUGCUGGCUCAAUCAUUGGGGUGAAGGGAGCCAAGAUCAAGGAGCUCCGGGAGAACACAAAAACCAGCAUCAAGCUGUUCCAGGAGUGCUGUCCUCAGUCGACAGACCGUGUUGUGCUGGUUGGUGGUAAAACGGAAAGAGUGGUGGAGUGCAUCAAGACUAUGCUGGAGCUCAUCGCUGAAGCUCCUAUUAAGGGCCGUGCACAACCCUACGACCCCAACUUCUAUGAUGAAACGUAUGAAUAUGGUGGAUUCACCAUGAUGUUUGAAGAGAGGGGUAGUGGCCGUAGACUUAUGGGAGGGUUCCCCAUGCGCGGUGGAAGGUCCAGUGGUGGAGACCAUGGGUUUGAUAGAAUGUCCUCUAGCAGAGGGGUACGUGGACCCAUGCCACCUUCUCGCCGGGAUUAUGAUGAAAUGAGCCCCCGUCGCGGCCCUCCACCCCACCCGAGUCGAGUCAGCAGGGGGAGUAGUCGUGGACGCAAUAUGUCCAUGGGACACCCACACAGAGGAGGAGAUGAUCGUUACUAUGACUCGUACCGUGGCUCAGAUGAAAGGUCAACUGACAGAAGGAGCAGACCGGAUCGCUAUAGCGAUAGCAUGAGUGGAGGAAGCUAUGAUAACAGUUCCUCCUGGGAUAACUACCAUUCAGGACGUGGCUCCUAUAGUGACAUGGGAGGGCCUGUCGUCACCACACAAGUGACGAUCCCCAAAGAUCUGGCUGGGUCUAUUAUUGGUAAGGGAGGUCAGCGGAUCAAACAGAUCCGCCAUGAGUCCAGCGCCUCCAUCAAAAUCGAUGAGCCCCUGGAAGGUUCCGAGGACCGAAUCAUCACCAUUUCUGGCACGCAGGAUCAGAUUCAGAAUGCCCAGUUCCUUCUACAGAACAGUGUGAAGCAGUUCUCUGGUCAUAUGGUGUAAAUCCAGGAGACUCAGAUUGAAGCAGACCCAGAUUGCCCCUUACCUGUAAACUAUCUGCCCCUGUCUGUCACAUCAGACUAUUAUUCUGGUUCAUGGAUGUCUUUUGUUUUGUGUUUUGUGUUUUUUUUCUUUCCUUUUUUUUUAGUUUAAUAUUUUGUAAUUUUUGUUUUUCUGACGAAAUGUCCCAACAUUCCUGUGCAUAUAAAAUGUAGGUGUUCUGCAUUUUUAGUAGCCCAUUAGUUUGUCAGAUCCUUUUUUUUAUACUCACAUCUGUCAAAAAUAUUCUUAAUCUCUUGAUAGACAAAAAUAAGCAACCUUUAUUUUUCGAUGGUCUUGUUUUUUAUGACGUCUUACGUGUUCGUGUCUCUGGUUCAAGUCUGUCCUGUGGGUGAGUGUGUAUGUUGGCACGUUUGGGUUUGUCUGUUUUUUAUAUAGGCCCCUUUACACACAGUUGUACCAUAUUACCACUCUGUGCAACUUUCAGAAUGUAAACUACAUUUGUUUUCACAUUGAACCAUUAAUAGUUUUUUUUUCUUCUUUCUGAUGAGAUGUGUAAAUUUUAUCCUUAUGAAUGGAUUUUGGGAUGUUUAAUUUGAGAUACUUGUACACAACAGUUACAGGACAGUGACAAAUUUCUUUUUUUUAAAAAUAUCAUUCAUAGUUGUGUGAUUUAAAAUAUUCAAGUUGGUUGAGACUUCCUCACAAGUGGACUUGUGUAGCUCGGAAUGAUUAAUAUACAAAUUAUACGGAACUCAACUCUUUUGUCCCCCCUCAAAUUCCCUGUGCUCUGUGCUUGUUUGCGCUCCGUGCUGUAGACUUCACUCUCUGAAAUUGUAAAAUGAAUAAAGAUGCCACUUUUUACUGAAA